AUUCAAAGAGACGUGGACCCCCUGUGUCAGUGACCUCAUGGAGACACACGUGUGCAGCUCCCACACUCGUUACCAUAAUCGCCGCUGUGAUAAAGGCCGAUCUAUGAUUCAUACCCUGCAUAGAUCACGUGACCCAUUCCGCACCCGUGGCCUUUGAUACGUAAUGAACUUUUAACUGAAUGUGUUCAAUAAACAUUUUUAGCUGUAAACAAGUAUAAUGUAAACGAUCACAUCUGUCCCCGAGAGGAAGUUCAAGAAUGUGACGUAAACACAUUUUUUUUAAAUAUAGUAUCCCGGUUCUGCAGUGAUGUUUUUUGUUUAAAACCCCUUCAUUUGUCCAUCUAACUCAUUCCGGGAAUUCUUUUCCAGGCUUUGCCGUUUAAACCGUAGAAUUAGUUAAACUGAUUUAAAUAAUCUGCUGUGUCGGUCCCCAAUUACCCCGGGAGCAAAUCCCCGCGCGCUCCCAUUCACGCGCUCGCGCACUUCGCACCGCGGCGUCCGACACACUGACUGUUUAACGGAUACAAAUAGCAUUUUUUAAAAAUUAUUUUUACUUUACCAACAGAAAGGUGCGCUCAUGUUUGGCUACGUAAAACGCGUCCGUUACGGGUACUGAAAUUUAACCUUCAUUUUUUCUUAAUGGCUUAAUCCCAUCCACGCGCGCGCUCGCGCUCGCGCUCGCUCCCCCCCUGACGUGUCGGCCGCGUGCCGUGCGGGCUCCGCGGACCCGCGCUCCUCAUGCAGGCAGCGACGGCGGUGAAGGCGUCGUCAUCUCUCGCGCACGUCUUGCAAAAGACGGCCAUCCGGUCGACGGGGACGCGGAGGGUGGAACGAGGGGCGGGGGAGGAGUAGGAUCCGCCGGGCGACGUGAACGCGCCCCGCCGCGGCGCGGCGCGCUGCGAUGUGAGUGAAGAGAGGAGGAAGAUGGCGAGGCUCCUGUACACCUUGCUGAGGAAAAUCCGCGUCCUCGGCUUCUGGUGCGCCGUGUACGCGUGCUGCGCGCUCUGCGCGUGCCUCGCGCUGCUCCGGCUCUGCUGGAAGGCGCUCGCGAGCCCGUGCGAGACGUUCCGCUGGAGGGUCCGCGAGAGCGCCCCUGCGUGCCUCGGCGACACGUCCUUGGGAACCCACUGCUACGUCAAAAUAAAGGAAUCCGGCCUGAGGUUCCACUACGUCGCUGCGGGAGAGAGAGGCAAACCCCUGAUGCUCUUUCUGCACGGCUUCCCUGAGUUCUGGUAUUCCUGGCGUCACCAGUUGCGUGAAUUCAAGAGUGAGUUUCGGGUGGUGGCCGUGGACAUGAGGGGCUACGGCGAGUCAGACCAGCCCACCUUCGCUGACAGCUACCGGAUAGAUCACCUGGUUGCCGACGUCAAGGACAUUGUGGAGUGUCUGGGGUAUAACAGAUGUUUCCUCGUGGGCCACGACUGGGGUGGGUUCAUUGCCUGGCUCUUCGCCGUCCACUACCCUGAGAUGGUGACCAAGCUCAUCGUCCUCAACUGCCCCCACCCAUCGGUGUUUGCAGAUUACACCCCCCGGCACCCCAGCCAGCUGCUCAAGUCCAGCUACAUGUUCUUGUUCCAGCUGCCCCGCCUUCCCGAGCUCCUCUUCUCCAUUCACGACUUUAAGGCCCUGAAAACCCUGUUCACCAGCAGCCGGACAGGGAUUGGUCGCAAGGGUAGUGGGCUCACCAAAGAAGAUUUGGAGGCCUACUUGUACUACUACUCCCAACCGGGCGCCCUCACCGGCCCCCUCAACUACUACAGAAACAUCUUCAGCGCCCCACCCCUGAGGCAACAGGACGUGAAAUGCCCUGUGCUGCUGCUGUGGGGCGAGCGGGACGCCUUCCUGGAGCAGGAGAUGGCCGAGCUGUGCCGACUCUACAUUAAGGGUCACUUCCGGCUCAACAUCAUCUCCGGCGCCAGCCAUUGGCUUCAGCAGGACCAGCCCGACAUCGUCAACACCCUGAUGUGGACCUUCCUCAAGGAGGGCGAGGGCCGCCUGAACUACAGGCUCCCGUUGUCGUAGGCGGUCCUCCGCGAUCGCCCGUGUGCCGCAAACAAGCCAGCAAGCCCGAUGUGGUGGUGACGGUGUCGGUAAAGAUGACGAUGAUGAUGAUGAUGAUGACCGUAACACAAUCAUACAUUGUUCGACUUAUUCUGAUCAUUAGUACGACGAAAAAGCACAUUUUUAUCAACGUGAAGUAGUUUUUUGAGGUUUCUUGCACACAUUUCAACCUCCGCCUCAGCACUUGUUCGUGACCCCGUUUACUGACGGGGCAAAUCUCCUUGUGAAUUGUAUUGCAUGGUGCCUUUGACCUAUUAAAGUGUGUCUUGAAUAUUUAAAAAAAAAAAAAAAAAAAAAA